GAUAUCGGGUAAAGUGCCCACCCCUAGUCAAAAUCAUACAUUAUACGUCCAAUAAUACACUAUCAUCAUUUCAAGAAUUUUGGAGAAGAUACAUAAAACUAUGCAAAGCCCACUACACGUGUAGGCCCAGAGUUAAACAAAUCGGAAAAGGUCAAAAGUCAACAACAACUUUAUUCGUCCCUUCCUCUCCACAAGUUUAAACGACGUCGUUCAAACGCUGUUGUUUCCUAUAAAUACUCUUGUUUAAUCCUCUCCCUCGUAAUCAUUCACAACCAAUACUGUUAUAGUAACUUUCAACAAUGAGAAACUUAUGUUGUGUCGCCAAAACGUCGUCGCAUCAUCAACCUCCACUGACUUUAACGCCACGCCAGAGCUUGGAAUCGGCGGCUGCCUACGGAAUCAUCGAAUCUGCGGCCGACAUAAUCGAGAGAUGGAACACAGAGACAUCCACUUACGCCAAAGUCACUUCCAUGUUCUACGAGAACAAACAAGAAGCCAUGGUCUUCAUCGAGCGAGUUAAAGACCUUCAGAAGACGAUGGAACUUCUCGUGAGCGAGGAUCCAAACUCUGAGAGGCUCGUGAGAGCUCAGAGACUGAUGCAGAUCGCUAUGAAGAGGCUCCAAAAGGAGUUUUACCAGAUCUUAUCAAUGAACCGUGCUUACCUCGAUCCAGAAUCUGUCUCCACACGAUCAUCACUCACCUCAGAGAGAUCUAGCUACUCAGAUUUUAACGACGAAGAUUCACACACGGGAGGUGACUCAAUCGUUGAAGUUGAAGAGGCUUCUAGUAAAGUCAUGACGGACUUGAGAUCCAUUGCUGAGUGUAUGAUCGGUUCCGGCUACGCGAAGGAGUGUGUAAGCAUAUACAAAAGCAUCAGAAAGUCUAUCAUCGACGAAGGUGUUUACCGUCUCGAGGUGGAGAAAAUAACCGCGGUUAAAGCGAAGAGAAUGUCGUGGGAGGAGAUUGAGUUAAAGAUCAGAAGCUGGUUAGAGGCGGUGAAAGUCUCCAUGGAGACACUCUUCAAAGGAGAGAAGAUUCUUUGCGAUCACGUCUUCGAAGCCUCUGAUUCGAUCAGAGAGUCUUGCUUCAGUGAAAUAUCUAGAGAAAGAGCGAUUCUUCUCUUCACCUUCCCGGAGAUCGUUGCUUUAAGAACAAGCAAGAAGAAUCCUCCAAAGGAUAUUAUUUUCCGGCUGCUUGACAUGUACAACUCCGUCGCCGGAAACUGGCGAGCUAUCGAAGCAAUCUUCUCCUUCGAGUCAACCUCCCUCGUGCGAUCUCAAGCGCUUAAGUCUCUCGUCUCUCUCAGCGAAUCCAUUCGAUCGCUGCUUCUUGAUUUCGAAUCAAGAAUCCAUAAAGACUCUUCCAAGGUGGUGGUUCACGGUGGAGGAGUGCAUCCCCUGACUCUCUCCGUCAUGAGCCACAUCUCUCUCCUCGCCGACUACAGCAACGUCCUCGUUGAUAUCCUCGCCGGAUCUCCUCCUCCGGACAGAUCACUGAUCCCGGAGUCUUACCUCAACGUUUCCGACUCCGACAACUCGCCGUCGUCGGAGCUAGCCAUCAGAUUCGCGUGGCUUAUCCUCGUCCUUCUCUGUAAAAUUGACCGCAAAGCGAAUUACUACAAGGACUGCUCCGUGCAGUAUCUCUUCCUCACCAACAACCUCCGUCACGUGGUCUCACGUGUUCGCUUCUCGAAGCUGAAUCAGCUUUUAGGCGACGACUGGGUCAAGAGGCACGUCGCUAAGAUUAAACAGUUCUCCGACAGCUAUAAGAGGCUUGCGUGGGGACCGGUGUUAGCAACCCUACCUGAGAAUCGUACGGUUGAGAUGUCGCCUGAGGAAGUGAAGGAGAGGUUUGAAAAAUUCAGCGAGGGGUUCGAGAGGGCGUACUGUAAGCAAGGUGCAUGUGUCGUACCGGAUUUAGAGCUAAAGGAGGAGAUUAAACUGUCGAUUGCGAGAAAGCUGGUGCCAGUUUACCGAGAGUUUUACAACACGAGAAGGUCUGUUAUCUUGGCUGGAGCUGGUGGCGUGACAGUUGUCCGAUUUACCCCUGAAGAUAUUGAAAACCAUAUGUCUAAUUUGUUCUCGGGGGAGGGUAUUUCUGGGAGUUUAUCUGUCUCUUCUCCUUCGUCUUGUCGGUCACGGUAAUCAACAUCCUAAAGUAUUUUUUUUGUCUGUGAAAGGCAAACACUGAAUUGUGUCCAUGGUUGUACUAUUUUUUAUUACCUCAAGAGGAAGGAAUGGUUGUUGACAACGAGAUAAAUCUUGUAUGUACUAGUAUCUAAAGAUGUAAUGAUUGAGAUGGUAUUAUAGGGGGAAAUUAUAAAUCGUUAUUCAACU